AUGACUCAUCAAAACACGACGAUGUUCCAUCCAUCCAAGUUUUUUCUUUUAGGCAUCCCAGGACUUGAGACUGCCCAUGUCUGGGUUUCUUUGCCCUUCUGUUUUGUUUACAUUAUGGCUCUUAUUGGCAAUGCCACCAUUCUGAUAGUCAUAUGGACUGAGAAAACACUCCGAGAUCCAAUGUUCUUCUUCCUGGCUAUAUUGUCAGCCAUAGACGUGGCUCUCUCCACAUCCUCAGUGCCCCGAAUGUUGGGUAUCUUCUGGUUUGAUGCUCAUGAGAUUGGCUUUGGAGCUUGUGUGGCCCAGAUGGUUCUGAUACAUACCUUCUCAGGAAUGGAGUCUGCAGUCCUACUGGCUAUGGCCUUUGACCGCUAUGUGGCCAUCUGUGCACCACUCCACUAUACAACCAUCCUGACAAUAUGGGUGCUAGCAGGACUUGGACUGGGUAUCACAUUGCGUGCAGCUGUGCUCACACUACCCUUUAGCUAUCUAAUCCACCGUUUGCCCUUUUGUAAGGCCCGCAUUAUUGCCCACACCUAUUGUGAGCACAUGGGAAUUGCCAAGUUGGCUUGUGCAGAUAUACAAAUCAAUGCCAUUUAUGGGCUCUUUGUUGCUUCCUUCCUUGUCUUUGAUCUCAUACUGGUUGGAAUCUCCUAUGGCUAUAUCAUCCAGGCUGUAUUCCGCCUCAAAUCUCAAGAUGCCCGUUUCAAAACACUGAGUACUUGUGGGUCUCAUGCUGCAGUCAUGUUUGUUUUUUAUACACCCGCCAUCUUCUCCUUCCUCACUCACAGGUUUGGCCAAAAAAUACCCCCUUAUAUCCACAUCCUUGUUGCCAACAUCUAUGUGGUUAUCCCACCUGCACUCAACCCUGUUAUUUAUGGGAUAAGGACCAAGCAAAUCAGAGAGUACGUGAUCCGAGUAUUUACUAGCAAGUACACUCCUUGAUCUUUACGGAUGAGAUUCUGUAUGUGAUGACAGUAUUUACUCCACCUCCAUAGCAAUACUUUGACAAGGAGUUGACAGUUUAUUUGACCAUAUGAGAAAAUACUGAGAGGGACUUCCAAAUGAAGUGAUCAAAUAAUUCAAGCCCAUGAAAACUCUUGCCAAUUAAAGUCUUUUGGUAAGUUUUCUUUUGGUUUACUGAGUGGUUGUAGCCUCUGACUGUGGUAGUCCAUUAUUCUUGAGGAAGAAAAAUGCAGGAGAUUUGCAGAUGAGCUCCUAUAAUUAACGUCUUGGAAUUUCUCUGAUUAGACAUGGUUCACGCACAACAGAAUUCUGUAUGAAAUUCCUGUUGAUAGGUCUAUCACAAUUCUCACUUUUCAACACUAAUAUUCUUUUCAAAGUUCAUUUUCUUUUUUUCCCUCCCAAAUCUCAAGAAAUCUGUACUAUCACAUUUCCUCUGUUUUACCACAUGAAGAUAAUCAUGGAAAAAAUACCUAAAUUUUUUAAUGAAAAACAACACCUCCCACCAUCCGCCCAAAACAAUAAGUUGAUGAUUUAAGAAGUAAAUGCAAGUAUGCUUCUAGGGAAAUCUAGAAUUAAGGAGAAGAUGGGAGAGUAAAAUAUUUUAACUUAAAGAAAAGAAAACUGAUGUUAUAAUAGAGUGGCCCUUUGACAAAUGACAGAUAAAAAGCCAGUGAGUAAAUUAUUUCCCCUUUCCUCCCCAAAAAGCAUUAAUCCUGAGACACAAGUGUCUAAAAAAUGAUAACAUUAGAUAAAGCAUGUAGUCUAAUUUUUCAGCACCCAUCUCUAUAAUAUAUUCUUAUCAAAGGUGUCCUGCUUUA